UUUGCUUCCCACACUACUCACCUACUAUUUCUUUCUUUACUCAAUUUUUGUAACAAUGGAAAUGGUAGGCAAAAUUGCAUGCUUUGUUAUUUUGUGCAUGGUGGUGGUUGCACCCCAUGCAGAGGCACUAACCUGCGGCCAGGUUACAUCUGGCGUGGCUCCUUGCCUCCCUUAUCUUACGGGCCGUGGCCCUCUAGGAGGCUGUUGUGGCGGAAUCAAGGGUCUAUUGGCUGCAGCCAAGACCCCAGCAGACCGAAAAACAGCAUGCACUUGCCUAAAAUCAGCCGCUAGUUCUAUCAAGGGAAUUGAUGCGGGCAAAGCCGCUGGUCUCCCUAGAGCUUGUGGCGUAAACAUCCCUUACAAGAUUAGUCCCUCCACUGACUGCUCCAAGGUCCAGUAAGGUUGAUAAAACCUGAAUUUUCCAAAGGCAUAAUUUGGUAGUAGACUUGAAGAGAAGAAUAAGAUGAAUAUAUCCAUCGAGUUUGAUUCAUCACAAUAUAUGUUGCGUUGUCUCUUUCUUUUGUAUUUGUGUCUGUUGGAGUACUUAAUUACAUGAAUACUCCAGUCUUGUAAUGAACCUUGGUGGUUCGAUAAUUAAUGAUACAUGAUAUUCUACUA